AUGGAAAAAUACUGUCGUGAUUGCUACGGAGAAAAGGUUAAUUUAAGUAGUGAUGAAUUCGUGAAAAUUAUGGUAGUUGAUGGUUGCUUUAUAAUUGAACUCUUCCGCAAGUAUUUUACUGCUGUUACCCCUGGAAAGUUUGCGAGAGAAGUUUUCAUAGAAAGGGAUGAUCCUGUGUUCAACAUGUCAUGGAUGAUCACGGCGCUCCUGUACGACCUGCUUCUACAUGAAAAUCAGAUUCCUUGGAGAGUUCUCGACUGUUUAUUCAAGCUCACAAGGGAAAACGAUGAAACAGAUGAACCUUCUCUAUCUGAGCUUACUCUCAACUACUUUGAGUAUUACACCAUAGGGGAAUAUCCAAAGAGAAUUGAAGAAGCGGCGGGAAGCAAGCAUUUACUUGACUUUAUGAGAAAAUGUUUAGUAGGAGGAACACAAAAGGAUAGUAAUAUUCAUACUAACCCAGUUCUGAAUCAAAUCCCUUGUGUUACGGAGCUUCUACAAGCUGGAGUCAAAUUUCAACUUACCAACGAUAGCAUGCUCAACAUAACCUUUGAAAAUGGAGUUAUGAAAAUUCCACCGAUCGUGGUUCACGAGAAUGGCGAGUCCCUCUUAAGAAAUCUCAUUGUUUACGAGCAGUGCGAAGCCAGCUCGGACGAAAUGGAAAUUACAUCUUAUGCUAUGGUGUUGGAUAACCUGAUCAACACCAGCUCGGAUGUGGACAUUCUGAUGCAGAAAAUAAUUUUAGAUACCGCUUUAAGCAAGGAGGAUAUAGCUAGCUUUAUCAAUAAGCUUUAUAAUAACACCAUCCCUGGCCAUUUCUCUUAUAAAAAGCUCACUGACAAAGUGAAUGAGCAUUAUCACCGUCGCUUCAAUAGAUGGAAAACAAUUCUCGCACGUGAUUAUUUCAACAAUCCAUGGUCAACUUUGGCAUUUGCUGGUGCCCUCUUGGGUUUGGGUUUGACCUUCAUUCAAACCUUAUAUGCCAUCCUGGCUUACAAGGCUCCUAAAAGUGAUGAAGGUUAUCAUUAUCCUUGA